GGCUCAUUCGCGGCGAUGGACUCUCUGCGGGCGCAGCGGCUCCAGCCGGGAGUAGGCGGCGGCGCCCUCCGCUCCCUCCGGCCCGGCGUGACCACGGCCCCGCCUCCGCCUCCGCCCCCGCUGGUCCUCCCGCCGCCGCCUCCGCCGCUGUUCCCAGGCCUGGCCUUCGCCGGGACGGGGGGCCCUCCGGCGGGGCUGAGGGAAGCCGUGGACGCCGUGGUGCGGAGCUUCGCCAAGCACACGCAGGGCUACGGGAGAGUGAACGUGGUGGAGGCCCUGCAGGAGUUCUGGCAGAUGAAGCAGUCGCGAGGGGCCGACCUCAAGAACGGGGCGCUGGUGGUCUACGAGAUGGUCCCCUCCAGCAGCCCCCCCUACGUCUGCUACGUCACCCUCCCCGGGGGGAGCUGCUUCGGCAGCUUUCAGUUCUGCCCCACAAAAGCCGAGGCCCGGAGGAGCGCGGCCAAGAUCGCCCUGAUGAAUUCCGUCUUCAACGAGCACCCCUCCCGGAGGAUCACCGACGAGUUCAUCGAGAAGAGCGUCUCCGAAGCCUUGGCCUCUUUCAACGGCAACAGAGAAGAAGCCGAUAAUCCCAGCACAGGCAUCGGCGCCUUCCGCUUCAUGCUGGAGUCCAACAAAGGGAAGUCCAUGCUGGAGUUCCAGGAGCUGAUGACAGUCUUCCAGCUGCUGCACUGGAAUGGCAGCCUGAAAGCCAUGCGGGAGAGGCAGUGCUCGCGACAGGAGGUGCUGGCACACUACUCGCACCGAGCGCUGGACGACGACAUCCGCAACCAGAUGGCCCUGGACUGGGUGAACCGGGAGCAGAGCCUGGCGGGGGCGCUCUCCCGCGAGAUGGCGGCCGCCGAGCGCGAGCUGGAGGAUGCCCGCCUGGCUGGGAAGGAGCUGCGCUUCCACAAGGAGAAGAAGGACAUCCUCAUGCUGGCGGCCGGGCAGCUGGGCAACCGGCACCCCGCCAACUGCUAGGGCCUCCGAUGCGCCCGUUGAACCCGCCGAUGCACAACUGGGAUUCGUUUCUCCUGCAGAUCCUUCCGAUACCCUCCAAAGGCGCUGGAUCUGCCGUCGGUUUGAUCCCGACCCCCUCCGUUGCCCGAUUUUGGCGCCCCGAUCGAACGACGUUCCAAUUUCCCAGAGCAUUGAAUUUGGCCAAGAUUUCAGCCAUUGUUGCAAUGCUUUUCCCAUCCUUCCAGCUGGACUUGCAAAGAUUUCAGCCAUUUUCCCAUUUGUUCAAAUUUAGACUUGCAAAGAUUUCAGUCGUUGUUGCAAUGAGUUUUCCCCAUCGUGUUCCCUGUGAAUCGCACAUAUGGUAUUGCCUGCGCAGACAGUUCGGAAUCUUCUAGAUAACUUCUUAGACACUUUUAGGCGGUAGCCCCGCCCACUCUCCCCUUGAGAGUAUAUAUAGGCAGUGGGAGGGGCUACUGCCUCAGAUCCACUUCAGCCAUUGUUGCAAUGAGUAUUCCCAUUUGUUCAAAUUUGGACUUGCAAAGAACUUCAGCCAUUAUUGCAAUACUUUCUUCCGUCAAAGCUGGAUUUAGAAAGUUGUUGCAACGCCUUUCCCCAUUAUUCAAACCUGGACUUGCAAAUAUUUUUGCAAUACUUUCUUCCGUCAAAUUUGGACUUGCAAAGAUUUCAGUGAGUUUUCCCCAUCGUGGUCCCUGUGAAUCGCACAUAUGGUGUUGCCUGCGCAGACAGUUCGGAAUCUUCUAGAAAACUUACUAGACACUUUUAGGUGGUAGCCCCGCCCACUCUCCCCUUGACGAGUAUAUAUAGCCAGUGGGAGGGGCUAGGUACAGUAUUAAGUGGAAAUGUAGCAUUGCCAGGAAAAAAACUUGUUUUUGUUUUCUUGCUAUGGAUAUAAUGCCUAAUUUUUAGGAAUCUCGUGCAUAAACCGUAUGGAAGGGAAGCGGUGUCUUUAGGGUUAUAUUCUUCGAUGGAUAGGAUACAUAAUUGUAGGGAAAGUCACAUAGUGAAGAUAGGCUCUGCGUUACAACCCCAGAAGCACAAUUCAAAUUCAUUUGGUCGGAAAUUUCCUAAAAUUUCCGAUUUGUUUACAUUCAGAAAAGGAUUUUCGUACGAAAAAUUUCCGAGAUCUAAUGGAACGUAGUCUCUUCCCAGUCUCUUCCCUGCGAUUCGUGUCCCGGAAAUAAGUCUUGUACCUUUUAUAUAUAUAUAUAUAUUAAAGUAUAUGUAUCUAUUUUUAUAUAGCACCUUGUUUACACUGCAGUAUUGAUGUUUAUAAACGCAUUUAUUACAAUACGGCCCUCGAAGGGUUGCCUCCGGUUUUGUUCUCACGAUGUUCUGUACUGGUUUUUGUAAUUUUUUAAAAGUACAAUAAAAGUAGCGUAUCCUG